AUGCCUCGUUCGAAGCGCACAAGUGCCGAUUUGCGGUACGAAGCUCAUGUCCAAAAGGUGACAUCGCAAGUAAAUCAAGUAAAAAAGGCCAUGGCAGACACGAUAGAGAGAGCUGCGGAGCGUGGCGGCAAGAUAAAUGAGCUGACAAACAGAGCAGAGGCACUGGAAACGACAGUUUUGGUGUUUCGGAAAGACGCAGCGGUCGUAAGACGGCAAAAUUGGUGGCGGAAUCGGAAGAUGACGAUAAUUAUUUGUGUGGCGGUAGCGGUUUUGGUGCUUAUUGUUGUCAUGUCGCUCAUUAAAUGGCAUUAA